GUAAACUAGUGCAGUGUAUUUUUUUUUUUAAUAACUCAGAGGUUUAUUUGAUCCUCCUGACAUUAUACCAUAUUUACACCAAACAACUCAAAUUGGCUCCAGAAGAAAACAAAAAUGGGAUAGCAGCAGCAAGUCCGAUAACAUAGAUCUCCCGAAUCUCAAUAACCCAUAUCAAUCAACUACCUAGUAGUAGUAUAAAUCUGCUCCAUUAUCGUCUGCCAAGCGAGCUGGCGCUUUGUAAUUUGCAAAUCCUGAAACAUACUUCAAGUUGCAACGGUAUACUAUUCUAGUAAAAACACUGCUAGAAGAGACGCUCAACUGCCCCUUCCAUCCCAGCAAGAGUCACUCCCUCACGUCAUCACCAACUCCGAAGAAAUUAAAAAAUUAUUAGUCCAACGAUAAUCAUAAUAAUUUACUGAAUAAGAUUGGAAAAAAUUUGAUCAAAACGGCAAAACUUUCUAAAACCCUAACUUCAUACUUCCAUUUCCUCCCAAAUUCGCCAUUCAUGACGAAUUCUUUGAGCUUGAAGCAUGGUCUUUCUAUCUGGUGUCCUCAAUCUUCUUUUGUAAAUCGAAUUACUCCUCGUUCCACUUCACUUCCUUUUAGUAGAUCCCAAAGAAGAAAUUAUAUCGUUUCUUCAUCUGCUUUUGCUAACGAAAAUCGAGAGUUUGUCAUUGUUGGUGGUGGAAAUGCAGCUGGUUAUGCGGCUAAAACUUUUGUUGAACACGGAAUGGCUGAUGGGAAACUUUGUAUGGUGUGUAAAGAGGCAUUUGCUCCUUAUGAGCGUCCAGCUUUGACGAAAGCUUAUUUGUUCCCUAAGGAUAAAAAACCAGCUCGAUUACCUGGUUUCCAUACUUGUGUUGGAUCUGGUGGCGAAAGGCAGACUCCUGAUUGGUAUAAAGAGCAGGGUAUAGAGAUGUUAUAUGAGGAUCCAGUGACAGGUCUUGAUAUCGAAAAGCAGACUCUAACUACAUCUUCAGGAAAACUUCUAAAAUAUGGGGCGCUAAUAAUUUCUACAGGAUGCACAGCUAUGAGAUUCCCAGAAAAGAUUGGAGGAAACUUACCUGGUGUUCAUUAUGUUCGCGACGUUGCCGAUGCUGAUUCUCUAAUAUCAUCGUUGGAGAAAGCGCGAAAGGUUGUCAUCGUUGGAGGUGGUUAUAUAGGUAUGGAGGUCGCUGCUGCAGCUGUUGCUUGGAAACUUGAUACAACGAUCAUAUUUCCAGAGGAUAAUCUUUUGCCGAGAUUGUUUACUCCUUCACUCGCCAGAAGAUAUGAAGAACUAUAUCAGGAGAAUGGCGUUAAAUUCCUCAAGGGGUCUCUUAUCAAAAACAUAGAAGCUGGUUCUGAUGGACAUGUAGCUGCUGUUAAACUUGAGAACGGAUCUACAAUAGAAGCUGACACGAUCAUUAUUGGUGUCGGGGCAAAGCCUGCUGUCCAAGGUUUUGAAGCUGUGGGUUUGGAUACAAAAGUUGGGGGAAUACAGGUUGAUGGUCUAUUUCGAACCAAUGUUCCUGGUAUUUUUGCUAUUGGAGAUGUUGCUGCAUUUCCUUUGAAGAUCUAUGACAAAAUUGCAAGAGUGGAACAUGUUGAUCAUGCUCGUAAAUCAGCACAACAUUGUGUCAAAGCAUUACUAACUGCUCACACGCAGACAUAUGAUUACCUUCCAUACUUUUACUCGAGAGUGUUUGAAUACGAAGGAAGUGCAAGAAAAGUUUGGUGGCAAUUCUAUGGUGAAAAUGUUGGUGAAGCAAUUGAAGUUGGAAAUUUCGAUCCUAAGAUUGCUACCUUCUGGAUUGAUUCUGGUAAACUGAAGGGAGUUUUUCUUGAAAGUGGAAGUUCCGAGGAAUUUCAACUCCUUCCCAGACUUGCGAGGAGCCAGCCAAUGGUUGAUAAAGUGAAGCUUCAGAAUGCUUCUUCAGUCGAGGAGGCUCUUGAAAUUGCUCAGAGCUCCCUAGAAACCCCAGUUGCCGUUUAGUUUAUUCAAUCAGAGCAUAUUCAAAUAAGAAAAGAGGAGUUAGCAUAUUCUGCUCCCUAAAUUUCAGUUGACUGUCAGUUAUGGUUGUUCACGUUGUGAUUAAUUCAAAUAUUCCCUAGUGGUGCUAAGUUUUUCACUUGUAUAAGCAACUUUCUAAUAUUGCGGGGGCGCUAUGCUUGUUUCCCA